CUUCCCGCAGUUCCAGUCUUGGGGCUGUCCCGUGUGAGCAGCCCGGAGGCCAGCGCCCCGCCCCUUGCGCGCCACCGCCGAUUGCUCCGCCCCCUCACGGUACGGGCCGCGCGCCCCUGCGGCUCCGAGCCGUGUCGCGGGCGCGCGCGCCUCCGGCUGAGCCGCAGUUAUAAUGGUUUGAGGGGAACCGGCGUUGCCCCCGCCGCUGUGCUGACUUACUGAGCCGGCUGACCGGGCCCAGACUGGUCGUCUAGCCGGCAGGCUCCCUCGCUCCCUCCCUCGCGUUCCCAAAGCUUGCGCCCAUCGUUCUCCCGGCUUCCCUGGGCAAAGCAUGUAGCCCCCGUCGGGCACCCGGGCACCCAGCAGCUGACGCCCACCCCCACCGUCGCGUGUGUGCCUGUGUGUGCGUGUGUGCGCAGGGCGGGCGACCCCGCCGCGCGCCGGAGGUCGAGCCAGCGAGCGGCCUCCCCGCCGCCAAGAGCCCGUCUGUCUGGGCCUCCCUCCCUCCCCGUCCCGGUCCCCCUCCUCGGGGCCUUCUAUAUGGGCCACCUUCUCUCGAAGGAGCCGCGUAACCGCCCGAGCCAGAAGAGGCCUCGCUGUUGCAGCUGGUGCCGCCGCCGGCGCCCUCUCUUCAGGCUGCCCCGCCGGACCCCGGCCAAGGUGCCCCCUCAGCCGGCGGCGCCUCGGAGCCGGGACUGCUUCUUCCGCGGGCCCUGCAUGCUCUGCUUCAUCGUGCACAACCCCGGCGCGCCCGCCCCCGCCGGCCCAGAGGAGGAGCCGCAGCUCUCGCCGCCGCCGCAGGACGGGGCCUACGCCGCCGCCUCCUCUCAGCACCUGGCGCGGCACUACGCGGCCCUGGCCGCCGAGGACUGCGCCGCCGCCGCCCGUCGCUUCCUGCUGUCCUCGGCCGCCGCCGCAGCUGCCGCCGCCGCCUCGGCUUCAUCUCCCGCCUCCUGCUGCAAAGAGCUGGGGCUGGCCGCGGCCGCCGCCUGGGAACAGCAGGGCCGCAGCCUCUUCCUGGCCAGCGUGGGGCCCGUGCGCUUCCUGGGACCUCCCGUUGCCGUGCAGCUCUUCCGGGGGCCGACGCCUCCGCCAGCCGAGCCCCCCACGCCCCCUGAAAUGGUGUGCAAGCGGAAGGGAGCCGGGGUCCCCUCCUGCACCCCCUGCAAGCAGCCCCGCUGCGGUGGCGGAGGCUGCGGUGGCGGCGGAGGGCCUGCGGGGGGAGGUGCCUCGCCGCCGCGGCCCCCCGACGCCGGUUGCUGCCAAGGUCCUGAGCAGCCCCCGCAGCCGCUCUGUCCCCCGCCCUCGUCUCCUACUUCCGAAGGUGUCCCCACCGAGGCCGGCGGGGACGCUGUCCGAGCGGGGGGCACCGCCCCCUCGUCUGCCCAGCAGCAGCAUGAAUGCGGCGACGCGGACAGUCAGGAGCCCCUCGAAAACCCCUGCGACUGCCACAGGGAGCCGCCUCCCGAAACCCCAGACAUCAACCAGCUGCCGCCGUCCAUCCUGCUCAAGAUAUUUUCCAAUUUGUCCCUGGAUGAGCGUUGCCUUUCUGCAUCAUUGGUUUGCAAGUAUUGGCGUGACCUUUGUUUAGAUUUCCAGUUUUGGAAGCAGCUGGAUCUUAGUAGUCGUCAGCAGGUCACUGAUGAAUUAUUGGAAAAAAUUGCAUCAAGAAGUCAGAAUAUAAUUGAAAUCAACAUUUCUGAUUGUCGUAGUAUGUCUGAUACUGGCGUAUGUGUUCUAGCAUUUAAGUGCCCUGGACUGCUUAGGUAUACAGCCUACAGGUGUAAACAGCUUUCUGACACUUCUAUUAUUGCAGUUGCCUCUCACUGUCCUUUACUUCAGAAAGUGCAUGUAGGCAACCAGGAUAAACUUACUGAUGAAGGACUCAAACAGCUGGGUUCAAAAUGCAGAGAACUCAAAGAUAUUCAUUUCGGCCAGUGUUACAAGAUCUCAGAUGAAGGUAUGAUCGUCAUAGCUAAGGGCUGUCUGAAAUUACAAAGAAUAUACAUGCAGGAAAACAAAUUAGUGACAGAUCAGUCAGUGAAAGCAUUUGCUGAGCACUGUCCAGAACUUCAGUAUGUUGGCUUCAUGGGUUGUUCAGUCACUUCUAAAGGAGUCAUUCACCUAACCAAGCUAAGAAACCUUUCCAGCUUGGACCUACGUCACAUCACUGAACUGGAUAAUGAAACUGUGAUGGAAAUUGUCAAGAGGUGCAAAAAUCUUAGCUCUCUCAAUCUCUGUCUGAACUGGAUCAUAAAUGACAGGUGUGUGGAGGUCAUUGCCAAGGAAGGACAAAACCUGAAAGAGCUGUAUUUGGUGUCCUGUAAAAUCACAGAUUAUGCACUGAUAGCCAUCGGGCGUUACAGCAUGACUAUAGAGACUGUGGAUGUUGGAUGGUGUAAAGAGAUUACAGAUCAAGGAGCCACCCUGAUUGCACAGAGCAGCAAGUCUCUGAGAUAUUUGGGGCUGAUGAGAUGUGAUAAAGUCAAUGAAGUGACGGUGGAACAACUGGUGCAGCAGUACCCCCACAUCACCUUCAGCACCGUCCUCCAGGACUGCAAGAGGACCUUGGAGAGAGCCUACCAGAUGGGCUGGACCCCCAACAUGUCUGCUGCCUCCUCCUGACACUCCUGUCCAGGCUUAGGUCCACUCGGAUCAUUCAGCAGGUCGCAGGGGAGUUGGAGAUUUGGGGUGGGCAAUCUCUUAGAAAGGUUUUAACUGUCACCUGUCUGCGUGUGUACCAGACUGUGUAUAUUUGUGUCUUGUUUGCAUACUGCAUAGCAUAAGCGCAGUCGUUAUUUGUUCCCAGGUGAGCUGGCUUUUUUUCUUGAAAAUUAAGGAUUAGAAAAACCACAAAUCUUUUAGUUUUUAAGCUCAAAGGCUGAUUUCUCUAAACAAAUUUUUUUUAAUGUAGAGUCAAAAAAUUGGAUGUAUUAUUUUGAGCUUCUACUUACUGACACUUGGAGAUGUUCAAAAAAGAAGGCCUCCUUUUUUUGCUGGGAUAGAAUUGUGCACUUCUACUGAUGGUAACCAGAACAGAAGUGAUGUUGUGCUAAUUAGAAGCCUGGAAACCAGUACUUUUCAAAAUUCCAAGCACAUACACACACACACGGGCACUCACGGUCUCUCACGGUCUCUCACAUAGUCGCACACAUGUGUGCACUUGCACACAUGUGCGUGCACACACAGGAGGGCAGUUUCUUUCUUUCAGAGUGGCCUUCCUCCAGGCCACUGAGGGACUAUGUCAUCCACUGGGGUUCUGAUUAACUCAGUGUAUCCACAGGUGGCCAACUUCCUGUCUGGUUGUGAUAAGGACUAGAGAGAAUAAAGCCUUUUGUAAAUUUUUAUAUGGAAGCAACAAUCAGAAUUCCCCUUGCCAGCCCACAAAAGUUAAUUAUUCAUUAUUGUACAAAUGCAUUCUGUUGAAUACUAAAUAUUUUAGUUGGUUUUACGUUAACAUUACGUUAGCUCUUAUUUCAUGGUUAGUAACUGGUUGGAAUAUAUUUUAACGGUAUUCGUAGUUAAUCUUCGCCAUUAUCCAUAUUGAAGUCACCAAUGUUAUUAAUGGUGUGCAGUUCUUAAAAGAACUACAUACCAUUUCAUUAUUCUGUUUAUUUUGGUAAUUAUGAAAGUGUAUUUGAGAUUUUUAACAUUAAUAGGAGAUUAAUGAAUGAGAUACAAGUAGACAAUCUUUUGUUACUUUUUUUCUUUUGCUUUGCUUUGAGUUGUAGGGCAGGUUUUUUAGAUAUAUGCAUGUUUUUAUUUUUUGAAUAGUUCUUAGGCUAUUGCAAAGAUCAAUUGCUAGCUAAUGUAUGGGUUAAGAAGAAAAAUUAGAAAAUCUGGGUAUGAAAAUUCUGUUUACACUUGUCAGAAAUAAGCAUUAUUUUGUUUAAUUAAGCAUUUCUUUGUUUAAUUAAAGAUUGCCAGCUUUCAGUUAAGACAAUACCUAUCAGUAAAUGAAUAUAUGUUUUGAUUUCACACAUCGUUGCAAUUAAUUUGUAGUAGAGACUCAGGCUCGCAUAACCUUUCCUGUGUCUAGGUUUAUAAUCAAGACAGCAAGGAGCCUUUUUAAGCUAAAGAGUGAUUAUCUUUCACAAUAGAACUAGAAACAAAACUCUGACUUGUGAAUUUGCUAUUUAUUCUUUCCUGAUGUGGACAUAACUUAUUUGGUCUUUUAACAAAUAUACUGAGGCUUGAAUUUCAUUUUCUAUGUCUCAAUAUUGCUAAAAUGAUAUUCACUGUAAGAAACAAAAGAUAGCUUUACAUUGGAAUGCCAUUUACUUAUUUAUAAUGACUCCUUUUUUGCAAGCAACUGUUUCUUUUGAUUAUGUCAACAGGGUUCUCAUAUGGCACUUCUUUGUUUUUAACCCCAAUCAGUUAAGGAAAUCUAGUCAGUAAGUACAAAGAGUAUUCUUCCCAUUACUAAAUGGGUUACUAAUUUAAUUCGAAAGGAAUAAAAUUUGUGUAAGAAAAAAGAUGUUUACCAUUAAUAAACUAUAUUUUUUCUUACAUAUCAAACUGUAUCAUUUUCAUAUCCAU